AUGGCGGGCACCCCGAAGGGUUCCAUCCACAACCAUUUAGCAUCUGUUCCUGCGCCAGUCGCCAAAGCCGGUGAUAAUAAUGAUACCUACCGCAUGAUGGUGCUUCGCUUUGAAGAGCCGGAGGAGGAUGUCGACCGGCAUUACAUACAGAGAGCGCUUGAGCUGGGCAUCAAUCUUCCAGAAGAAUCCAAGACAUCGCUCGAACUAGUUGGGAAAGAUGUCGCUGCUCUUGAUAUAGCAUCAGCUGCACCUGUACCGGUCAUUCCGACUCCAAUUGAUGCACGGAAGUCUCGAUCUAUCAAUGCACCGUCGGACAGCUCUGUUGAUUCGAAAGGACACCGAAAGACUCCAUCCCUUGCUGCGACUUCCUCAAUCACUUCUACAUCUGCGCCGUCAAGUGCCUCUGCCGUCUCAAAUAAAUCGAAUUACGUAAAAUUCAAGAGAGGCAUCAAGCGCUUUUCCACCAUCCGUAGCAAGCGGAAAUCUCUUGCAACCCAGUCGCAACCUUCCGCACCAGAACUGCCGCUGCGACCCCCACCAGCAACGCGGUCUCUCCGCCCUGAAAUAUCUCCUCGCUCCAACACCGCCGAUUAUGUGCCAACCCUAUCCCGAAUCCAAUCCCACACCGUUGCUUCUCCACCACUAUCACCCACCGGCCGACCAACCGGCCGCAGGAAAGUCAUCUCAAUGCCUCUCGAAGCAGCUCCUCCGCCCCCCAUGCUCCUCCCAACACACAGUCCGCCUCCGCCACCGGCAUCAUCUCCAGCCCCGCCACCUCCAAAAUCUCCCCGCCGGCCUGAAAGACCGCUCACCCCUCCUCGCGAACGAGCACCCUCUCCCUCCGCCUUCGCGCGGUCACUCGUGCACCCGACUCUCAAGAAGCUGCGUACAACCCAGCUUCAAGAACAACUCCGUUUCAUUUCUUUUCGGGCCUCCCAAACCCGCCUAAUGCGCACGCGGCAUCUCUCCCAAAAACGCGAUCGCCUCUCCACCUACAAACUUGCCCAAACGUCCCUCGAAAGUCGACAUGCCGAAGCCCUUGCCGAUCUAGAGCACCGUCAAUUGUCUGCUGAAGCAGAUCUUGAGAAGACUUUGGAGAAUGAAAGACAAGCAUGUGAUACUAGGCUGAAGCACAUGCAGGCGUAUUGCAAUCCGCAGGAGAACAUUGAACGCGGACUACCGGUCCGGCAAGUGACGAAAGAUGACUAUAGGAUGUUGGAGCAGCAAUACCAUGUCCGCAGCGGAAUGGAGAAUCUGCACGCAGGAAGAAUCAACGUGCUAAGAGAAAAGCAAGCCAAGCAAGUCGAUCGGGUGGUGGAUAAGCAGGAGAAAGAGGUGGGUAAACUAGGGGAGGAAUUUGAGAGUGAGAAUGAAGAGGUGGAUAAGGAUUGUGCGGAAGAGGAGAGACGCUUGGAGCAGGAAUUUGUGGAGAGAAGGCAGCGAUUGGUUGGGCGUUGGAGGAUGACUGAGGCGAUUGAACGAAGGACGCUGGAGCUGGAGAAUGGACAGCUGUUUGCCCCAUUACCGGAGAUUGGGUGGGGAGAUGAUACGAGAGAUGGGGAGGAGGCGGAGGGAGAGAUUCGGAGGCUGAUGAGGGAGAAAAGGAUGAGUGUCGAUCCGGAGAGCGGGGUUCUGAUGGAGGAGGAUCUGGAGGUGCCCCCUCUUGAUACCAAGGGGGAGGAUGCUACAAGUGGAGCUAGGUGGGAAUUCGAUGAAGCAAAUGUGAUAUAA